GUCUCUGCAGUCCAGCUAAGCACAACGCACAGACAGAGGCAGCACACUGUGUUAGAGGGCGCUGGAAGAUGAAGAUGUGGCUGGAAAAUUUGUUUUUGCUAGCUGUUUCUUCCGUGCAACAGGUUCUGUGUCAAUUAAAAGUUUGUUUCUUGUUACAGCAAUGUCGAAAAUAAUUAUUGUACGGGUUUAAUUAAUGGAUCUGCGGUAGUCAACUUUACACGGUAGUGUACUUUAAAUAAUUGUAAAUCGAAGUAAAUUAAAUCGAUUUGAAAUUCAUGCGCACGCAAAGUCCAGAAUCGGACGUCUUUUUAGGUUGUGUUGUACACUACCAGUGAUGGGAAGUAACUAUGUUUACUCAGCCACUGCAUGUCAUUACAAAAUAGUUUGCACUUUGAAUAUUUUCAUUUGAUGCUACUUUAUGCUUCCACUCAUCAGAAUGAAAUCUAACGUUACAAUUUAUUUAUGCUUGGAAAUAUUAGCCUAUACUCUGCUACUUUAUAUCUGAAGUUACCAUACUUAGAAAAAAAGUUUAGAAACAAAAUAUAGUAUUAUUUAUUGAUCAAAAAGCUGUAGCAUUAGGCUAUUACAUGUGAUGUUAGGUUAGUGGGGAGGUGUAUGUCAAUUUUAUCAACAUUAAGUUGCCCUACAGUGUAGUUGAGAGCAUCUUCAUUGAUAGCAACCUGCAGUUCACAUGUAUUUAUUUAUUUAUUUGUCUGAGGUGUUAUUGGUUUGUCUUGACGCCGGUGGACAGCAGCUUGGUGCUUAAAGAGAAGCAGAUCAGUUUGCAGCUCUUGGACUCCUCAGACAACCUCCACGCUCUGACACAACUGGACACUACUCCUACCUUUCGUACCACAUUUUUCAUGUUUUUAUGCGCCCCCUACGUUUUGCAGUCAUGGCGGAUCUCCCGUGAGGACAACAACCUUUUGUAAGAGUUUGCAACGUCGUCGAGCGGAGACCUCGUCUCCGAGGACCCCCUAAAUGCUUUUCAUUGAGAAAAGGCUUCGGACGUUCAGUGUUGGGAAUGUGUACACGCAACAAAUGAUUUGAUUAAGAUGGGUAAUAAGCAAACAAUAUUCACCGACGAACAACUUGAUGCCUACCAGGACUGUACGUUUUUCACUCGCAAAGAAAUUCUGCGGUUGCACGGCAGAUACCAUGAGUUGGCGCCACAUCUUGUACCAAUGGACUACACCAAUGAUCCUGAUUGUAAACUGCCGUUAGCCUUAAUAGUCAACAUGCCAGAGUUGAAGGAAAACCCAUUCCGCAGCAGGAUUGUAGAGUCUUUCUCAGAGGACGGGAUGGGGAAUCUCAGCUUCAAUGAAUUUGUGGACAUGUUCUCAGUCCUCAGUGAAAUGGCUCCAAGGGAACUCAAGGCCAUAUAUGCCUUCAAAAUAUACGAUUUCAAUGUGGAUAAUUACCUGUGCAAAGAGGACCUAGAAAAGACUCUAAAUAAGCUGACGAAGGAGGAGUUGACUCCUGAAGAGGUGGUGCUUGUGUGUGAGAAAGCCAUUGAGGAGGCAGAUUUAGACGGAGACAACAAACUCUCCUUUGCUGACUUUGAAAAUAUGAUAUCUAGGGCUCCGGACUUUUUAAGUACCUUUCAUAUACGAAUCUGAGAGGGCUCCUUGGAAAGUUUCCACAGUCUGCAGUGUGGUGAACCUCAGGACUCUACCUGCACUCUGUCCUGGCCACAGCACAGUGCCUGUCUCCCACUCCCAUCGUCAAAAAAAGUUGUGCAUUAGCCUCUGGCCUCAGUGAAGUCUGCUUAGUUAGAAAGCUAAAUACUCCAUUUACUGAAUUUUUCUUCACUGUAGAUGAAGAUGUAUUUUCCUUUUACAACCUAUAAAAGGGCUUGACCUUGAUCGG